GCGGGGGUAUGUAUAUGUGCAGCCAUCCAGCCAUCAUCCUGGUCAUCAUCCCGUCCAUCACCACACCAUGUCUUCCAUCGCCUCUGCCUCUGCCUCCAUCCCCCAGCCCCCAGCCCCCGCCUACAUCGCAAACCGCAGGUCCACCGCGUCCAUCAGGCGCAAGCCCGUAACCGUCACCCCUACCAGCCCCGAGUUUGCCCUCGAGCUUUCCAACCUUUCGGAAGGCACUCCCAGCGGCUCUACCCCUCCGACUCCUGAACCACCCGUCUAUAUUCUCCCAGUCGACCCCACCCCCACAGCUCCGUCUCCCGAAAGCCCCGAGACCCCCACCCAGCCGCCUGCGUACUCUGGGAACGCUAGGCCGCAAUACCCAUACGACCUCAGCUUGGGGUCGCCGAGCGACGUCGAGCUCACGAGCGAGUCGCUGCCAAUCUACGAAGAAGAGAGCACCAUGGAGCCCAAGACGCUAGCGAAGACGCUUUGGCAAUAUGGCUUCGUGUGUCCUCUUCUGUGGCUCAUAGGGAUGACCAUCUUGUGGAUCCCUUUGAGGCCAGUAGAGGACGAAGUUGACCCUGAAAGGGCACAGAAGCUUGAAGAGAUGAUUGAGAUUCUCCGCAGGACGGAGCUCAAAUACGCCAAGAGGUGUAUAUGGGCGUUCUGCGGGUUCUCUCUUCUCAUAGCUUUAAUCGUUGUCGUUGCGGUCGUCGUGUCUACGAGAUAGCGCGAUAGAUAUUUUGU